CCUCCUAAAUGUCAAGGCUUGUAGGCUCAGCAAACUGAACCACUUUUCGUUUCUCUCUUCGCAAGAAAACUUUUUUCUUUCUUUUUUCUCUUUUUUCUUUCCUGGGUUUUUCUGGGUUCGAGGGAUUUUGUUUGUUUAGCAGGAAAGUUUGUGAGAUUUUGUUUGUUUAGCAGGAAAGUUUGUGAGAAUUUUUUUUUUUUUUUCCUUUCCCAUGGCUGAGGUUUUGAGCAAAACAAAUCUGGUUUCGUCAUGGCAUCAAAAUUUCAAUCAUCAUCAAAAGAUCUCUGUUUUUCCCAAGAGCUGUAACUUCAAUAGAUCAGGCUCCUUUUGUUCUCUGACACUCAAAUCAAACGUGUCUUCUUCUUCCUCUUCAUUUUUGUCAACCGGUGAUUUUCACGGCAAGAGAAUUUCGCUUCAGAAUAAUGAAGCCUUUUCGAGAAGAACAGCUUUUCAGUCCCAAUCAUCCACAAUAAAGGCCCAGACAACUCUUCGAAUUGGGAAAGCCCAGAAAUGGUGGGAGAAAGGGCUUCACCCAAAUAUGAAGGAGGUGGAAUCUGCAGAAGACCUGGUAGAAUCCCUUUCAAAAGCUGGGGAUAAGCUAGUUAUUGUUGAUUUCUUUUCUCCUGGUUGUGGUGGCUGCAGAGCUCUUCAUCCCAAGAUAUGUCAGAUGGCAGAGAUGAACCCAGAUGUUCAAUUUCUUCAGGUCAACUAUGAAGAGCACAAAUCCAUGUGUUAUAGUCUCAAUGUCCAUGUUUUGCCCUUCUUCCGCUUCUACAGAGGAGCUCAUGGCCGUUUAUGCAGCUUUAGCUGUACUAAUGCCACGAUCAAGAAAUUCAAAGAUGCAUUGGCCAAACACACCCCGGAUCGCUGCAGCAUCGGGCCAGUAAAAGGGCUGGAAGAGAAAGAGCUCUUAGCCCUGGCUGCUAAUAAAGAUCUUUCAUUCAACUACACACCAAAGCCUGUUGAGGAGCCUGUUCCUGCAGAAAAACAACUAGUUGUGGCAGAAGCAGAAUCAUCUUCUACUUCUAACCAAGAACCUGUUCUUCCAAGAACACCAAGGUUUGCUCAAGAUUCUGAGGAGAAAACAGUAUUGGCCGCCGCCGGGAGAUGAUGCGCUAAUUUUUUCGCCGUCCCCGACUUGACUAUAUCCAUGUACAGUUUGGUUUAUACUUCUCUUUUAUCAUCCUGUAAUAUCCACCAUCCAUUAUAGAUGUCAAAAAAUGACAGCCAUAAAAUCAAGAUCAAGACAAACUGUACUGAGUGUCCCCAAGGAGUUGUUGUAGCCCUAGGCCUUUGGAUUUAUUUUUUUGGAUCCUGGCCUUAGUAGUUUUUUUUUUUUUUUGCCAAUAUUCAAGAAGAGCAAACAGUUGUGUUUUGUUUUGUUGGUUUGCUCUUUUAUGUUGUGGAGGGAAAAACUCACCUCCUCUUUGUGAUUGUAAAAAAGCUUGUUCUUCUAUUCUCAUGUAGAAGAUAUAUAUAUAUAAAUACAUAAUAUAAAUUUUUAUUAUUUUUCUAAA